CGCUUGGCCUUUGGCGAUAUGAACCAUGAAUGGGUGGGUAACGUUUGGCUGCCUGGUCUAGGGCUUGGCCAGUACCGACCCGCUUUUAUGGAGUGCCUGGUUGAUGCUCGAAUGCUGGACCACCUUACAAAACGAGAUCUCCGCACACACCUUAAAAUGGUGGAUGGACUUCAUCGGACCAGCCUUUUGUACGGAAUAGUUUGCUUGAAAAGGCUCAACUAUGAUCGCGCCGAGCUUGAACGUCGACAAAGGGAAUCAGUACACCGAGAUAACAUUGGACCUAGCCUCUAG